AAAGCACCCACAGCUUCUCCCAGAGCACUGCCCCUGCCCUGCCCUGUGUGUGGCUGGAUUUCAAGGCUGCUCCAAGAACAGGCUCUUCUUUCUCCUGAAAACCCAGGGGAUGAUGUCCUUGUCCUCCUUCACCCUCAGGAUGCUGCCAGAGCUACCAGGAGGGCUCCCUUUCCGCUUUCCAGAAAUUCCCCCUGUGCACAGCUCCUGUAAAUAUUUUAUAUUUUAUCAUCAUUUGUCACCAUCGUGCUUAGAGUGCCAGCACAAGGGCAUGGCUCCCCACCACCACAGGGAUUCUGGGGAAGGAAUUUCUCCCUGUGAGGGUGGGCAGGCCCUGGAUCCCUGGCAGUGCCCAAGGCCAGGUUGGACAGGAAUUGGAGUAGCCUGGGACAGUGGAAGGUGUCCCUGCCAUGGCAGGGCUGGUGCUGGAUGAGCUUUAAGGUCCCUCCAACCCAAACCAUUCUGUGAUUCCAUGAUUCCAUGAAAUCCUGCUCCAGUGGGAGCAGCCACCCAGCCUGUGGCUUCAGGCCACCACGUGCUGCUCCCUCCCAGGCUGCCUGAGCUGUGGCUGGCACAGGCCACAGUGCUGAUGCCUGAAUUUCCAGCCCACGAGAGCAAUGCCUGUCCCUGGAGGAUUGCUCAACGUGCAGGAUGAAAAAGAUGCCAAGUUCCUGUGCUCCUUCCUUCCGGGCCAGCAAGGAGGGGGAGAGGAGCUGCCCAUGGGCUGAGCCAGCUCCCUCCUCUCCAGCUCCUCUCCUCUUCCUUCUCUGCUCAGCCCCAUGGAGAAGCUCCUGCACCUCACCUGGCUCUUCCUGUCAGCAUCCUGUGCUGCCGAGAACGUCACCGUGGUGGCCGCCAUGGAGGGCGACACCAUUUCUGUCAACUGCUCCUACGACCCGCGGCACUGGUGGCGGGAGAAGAGCUGGUGCAGGCAGCUGGGGCAGGGCCGCUGCCGGCCCGUGGCGAGCGCGCCGCCCGCGUGGCUGCCCUGGCCCGGGGGCAGUAGGGGCAGCACCUCCAUCCGCGACGACGCCCGCGCCGGGCUCCUGACCGUCACCAUCGGGCGCCUGCGCAAGGAGGACGCGGGGCUCUACCGCUGCCAGACGGGUUUCCUGGGCUGGACGCGGAGCCUGAGGAAGGUGCAGGUGGAAGUGCUGGCAGCAGCUGACCUGGUGACCCACGUGCCAGAGGAGCCCAGGGCUGUGCAGAGCAUCUCCAGGUCCCCUCCUGAUGUGGAUUUCACUGUGUUCUACAUCCUGGCUGGAUUCCUGGUGGCCAAGUUCAUGGUGGCUGUGCUGGUCGGUGCUGUUGCCCACAGCAGGAAGAGCAGGGAGAGAGGGCAGAACCCAGGCCUGGGGGAGCAGCAGGUGCUCCCACUCCCUGCUGACCUUGGACGUGAUGGAAUUGGGCUCUCCUGGGAGAGCUCUGCGUGAGCCAAGCCAAAGGGAAUCCAUGGAAAAGGCAAAUCAGGGGUUUGCCAUAAGAAAAGGAUCACUACUAAGCACAGGUCUGGAAGAACCUGUCCCUCUGGAGAGGUUCCCAUCUUCUUCAUCACCUCUUCCCCUUGGCGUCUCAUCCCCAGGCAGUUAUUCCAGACAUCAUUCCCAGCACCAUUCCCUCACAAUCUGAACUGACACCCAUCAAUUUCCUGUCCCCUCAGGUGACAGAUUCUGUCUUUCCAAGGUGAGGAAGAGCAGCUCCCAAAAGCUGCUUUGGACAGUGGGGAUGCUUGGAGAAAAUCCCUGGGGGGAAAGGUGUGAGGAACUGCAGGAAAGGGAUGUGGUCUCCUUGCAUCUCUGAGCCAGCUUCUCCUCUCUGAAGGGGCUUUGUGAACCCAGAGCUGUCUCUCUGUUCUCCCCGUGUUUCCUCUCCCAUGUGGAGUUUGUCCAUCCCUCCCCACUGAGCUGCUCUCAGCUCUCCCAGGCUCCAAACCCAUGGGCACUCACGUUUCUUUUUCCCUGCAAAACUGAAUAAACUUCAGCUGAUUCUCUG